GCUGCUGUCAUCUGACAUCUCCCGCAUUUCCGUCUUUUGGUCUCAAUCCACAGUUUUUAAGUUGUUUUAGGGGAGUAGAUUCUAGCAAUUCGUCUACCCUCUGAGACGCUGCGUGGAUGCAUCCAAUUGUGGUCAGUGAAGCUUUUUGGGACUGCAUGAAGGUCAUCUUUCCUUGAAAUUGCUCUGUAUUUCCGAGGAACAAAAAGGGUUUGAUGCAUAAUUCAAUGGUGAUUCGCUUCAUGCAAUGUUCAUAGAGAUUUUAGGUGCACGACAAAAUGUCAACCAUCUGGAUUUACCAGAGAAAAUCUAAGAAAAUGGAAUUUGGCAGUCAAACUGAAAAGCUUAAGGAGCCUCCUGAGGUGCAUGACUACAGGAUUCCAAUAACUCCUGCAAAAUCUACACCAGCCAGACUGCAAAAAGUCUAUGCCAAAAGGUGCCUGGAAGGCAACUCAGGAAUUAGUUUUCUGGGACAGAUUUAUGAACAGGAGGCUAAGAAAAUGGAAUUUGGCAGUCAAAUUGAAAAGCUUAAGAAGCCUCCUGAGGUGCAUGACUACAGGAUUCCAGUAACUCCUGCAAAAUCUACACCAGCCAGACUGCAAAAAGUCUAUGCCAAAAGGUGCCUGAAAGGCAACUCAGGAAUUAGUUUUCUGGCACAGAUUUAUGAACAGGAGGCUAAGAAAAUGGAAUUUGGCAGUCAAAUUGAAAAGCUUAAGGAGCCUCCUGAGGUGCAUGGCUACAGGAUUCCAGUAACUCCUGCAAAAUCUACACCAGCCAGACUGCAAAAAGUCUAUGCCAGGAGGUGCCUGAAAGGCAACUUGGCACAGAUUUAUGAACAGGAGGCUUGUGAUAGGAUUUCUCCAGACAAAAACAAGGAGGAAAAAGAACAACAGAUAUCUCACCUUAUCUAUGAUAGGGAAGAUGUUGGAAUUGCUUCUUGUGGUUCAAAGGACUCUGAAUAUUCAGGAAGUUGUCUUCUUGAAGCUGCUUUGGCUGCUGAACUGGUAACAAAAGUUCAGAGAGGGGGACCUGCAUGUUUUGAUAAUGACAAUUCAGGAUGUUCAGGGAAAGGAGAAGGAAACGGAGGAGGAGAAGGAGACUUUAGUUGUCAGGAGACAAUUGGCAGUCUGGAAAAUAUCAAGGCUUUUACUGAUAAUGUAUCUAGACGUUUAGAUUUUUGGACCUCAGAGGAGUCCAAUAAAGUCCUCUAUGAAUUGAAUGCACCACUGGACAGCACUCCUUCUGAGUUCUCCACUUGUCCCAGUGGAGCUACUCCUGCCUUUCAAGAAUCCGAAACUACAACAAUCCAAGGUGAAGCAUCUCAGGAAUCCUCAAAUGCUGCAAUACAAGAUGCAAUUGGCUGGAAAACUGUUCCUUCUUUUCAGGUUUCGGCUUCUAGAAUUGACAGGAAUACUGUAGAACUUGAUAGAGAGAACCUUUUGCCUGAAAGGCAUAAUCUCUUGCACAACUUAGAUAUGGAGAAUGAUAAUAGCAAAGUGGAAUCUCAUGUAACUUGGUUGAACUUGAAUGCAGGUGAUCAAGAAAAAGUUUCAAAAGUUGGUUUUAUUUCUUUGGUGGAAAAUGAGAAGCUUCACUUUGGUGAGUGCUUAGAGCCAGCAACUCCAAUGUUGAAACACAAUGUCAACAAAAGACCAAGAAAUCUCACAGAUGUGAACCAAAGGCCACUAAAGAGAUCCAAAAGAAGGAAACACAGAUAUAGGCCCAAAAUAGCUGGUCAAGGUAGAUCCAAAAGAACAGUCAAGAAUUCACCUGUAGAAAACAAUGAGAAGAGGAAGCAUGUUACAAAAACUCAGUGUACGGUGAAGAAGGACAAGAAUAAGUAUGUUAGGAAAACUGGGUCCAAGAAGAAGGUGGAAAGAAUUAUCCUACAAACCUCAACUGCAGAGCACUGUGCUGAAAUGAUUGCUGCAAAGUCGAGCUUCUUGAGUGUAGCAGAACAGCCAAAUGAUGACAACAUGAUGGAAAUUGUGAAACCAAAUGUGGGUGGAGUACUAGAAAGUUCUAGUACAGGAUGCCUGUCAAGUGAUGACGAAGUGAUGCUGCCAACUGUGUCAAUUGUAUUGGAACUUGGUGCAAGCCAUGCCAAUGAUAUGAAGCCAGCUAUGCAAUCUGAAGUGGGUUGUUUUGGAGGGAAGAAGUUGUCGUAUCUUCACUUGGAAAUAAAACCAUUCAGAUGGAGCACUUAUGGAAUAAGGUCUGCAAGGGAUUAUUGUAGAAAUCCUUUUGUAAGAAAGAAAAUUGGUCUCCAACUUUGGUCCUCAUGGGUUCAUCCAAUGCCAUCUAAAGUAAACCAUUGUCUCAGUAAUAGUAGAAAAAUUGGACCUAAUUUCCCAAAAAGAUGCAAGAGAAAGAGGAUGAGACGGAGGAAAUCGAUUGUGUCCGUCAUUUCUAGUUUUCUCCACUUGUGUGGUUGCAUGAAACAGUUUAUACCAAGGGGAAAUUUGUCAUCCCAUGCUAUAAUUCAAAUAUGUAAUCAGAUACUUAACAUUACUAACAACCAAACUGGUUGUUAUUUAAAAGCGUCGGCAUCAGAUCCCUUUCAACGAUUAACCAUUGGUGAAGGAAAAGGCGAAGUUGACCAUGAAAGAAAUGUACCAGAAAACUCCACUGAGAUAGGACAGUUUCUUCAACAAUCAUUUGAAGAAACAAAAGGGAUGGAAGAGGAUUUGAUGGCAACUCCAUGUGAAAGAAACUCACUGAGAAAUUGUUUUGAGAUUGGACUUCCUCUUAGACAAGCAUCAACGAAUGAAGAACAUGGGAAUCAAAUGAUUUAUCCUAUUGAAGCACAAAAACUGGAGAAAAAAGUAACACAGAAUUGCAUUGAAAUUAGACCAGUUCCUAUCUAUUCAAAGUCGCAAGAUGGGAGUUCACUGGAACAUCAGGAGCUUCAACGUACUGCCAAAUCAAGAGGUCUUCCAAAAGUAUUUAAUAGAGAGGUUACUGUUAAUCAGAAAGAUGGAGAUGUGUCAAUGAAUCAAAUUAGUGAUGUAAGUCAUAUAGUUCCCCAUCAGGGUUCUGAUUCUACCAAAAAGCCAAGACCGAAGGUUGUUUUAGACUCAGAGACAUUAAGACGGUGGAAUCAGUUGAUGAAAAUAGAUGAUGGUGCAGGUGAAGAAAAGGUAGACAAAGAAAAAGAGAAAAUGUGGGAAGAAGAAAGAAACAUUUUCCGUGGACGGGUAGAUUCAUUUAUUUCUCGAAUGCAUCAAGUUCUAGUUUUUACAGGUGACAGAAGGUUCAAACUGUGGAAAGGAUCAGUGGUGGAUUCAGUGGUAGGAGUUUUCUUAACUCAGAAUGUUUCUGAUUUUCUUUCAAGUUCUGCUUACAUGUCACUUGCUGCAAAGUAUCCCGUUGAGUCAACAAGUAUUCCAAAAGCAUCUGUUGAUGCCCUGAAGGACAAAGAUAGCCAAGAAUCCACUAGAAGGAACAUCAUGUCCAUUGAAGCAACACAAGAUUCAUGUGGCAACCAAUAUUUUGUCAGUGAACCUGAACCAGAAACCCCGGUGGAUAUAGUGCAAGAAAUAAGUUUGGCAGAUAUUGAAGACAUUGGAACUACCAUCUUGCCUCGGGAAUAUUGUAGACAUGAAAGCGAAGUCCUAAUAUGUUCUUCUAGUGCAUGCCACAAAAGCUUUAAUUUCGCACUCAUGGAAGAUUGUCAAACUGAAAAUGUAGUCAGGGAGAAGGCAUCAUCUGACAUGUGUUCUUUGCCUCCGCAGUGCACUUCACAAGUUGGGACGAAAGGGAUUUUGCACAUCCAAAGUGAAAUGAAUGAAAUCCAAUUGAACAUUCUUAAUCUAGUCAAAAGCGUCCGAACGGCUUUGAAACAAGCUGCUGAUAAGACUAGAAAGAUGACAAGAGGGAAGAAAGAGAAUGUUAAGGAAAAAGAGAAUGUUAAGGCGAAAGAAGUAGAAAAGAUUGAUUGGGAUAGUCUGAGAAGAAUAUAUUCCAGACCAAGAACUAGGGACCAAAAAGAUUCUGUGGAUUGGGAGUCCGUUAGACAAGCACCCUUAACUGAGAUUGCUGAAGUCAUUAAAUUACGGGGCCAGCAAACUAUUAUUGCAAAAAGAAUACAGGACUUCCUUAAUCGAGUAUAUGAGUAUCAUGGAAGCAUCGACUUGGAAUGGUUACGAUAUGCACCACAAGAUCUUGUGAAGGAAUACCUGUUGGAGAUACCAGGAUUGGGCUUGAAGAGUGUGGAAUGCGUACGACUUUUGGCGCUUGAAAACAAUGCUUUCCCUGUCGACGUAAAUGUUGGUCGAAUAUCAGUGCGUUUAGGAUGGAUCCCCUUGGAAUCCCUCCCUGGAGACCUUCAAUUUCACCUUUUAGAAGAGUACCCAGUCAUGGAUUCCAUUCAACAAUAUCUCUGGCCCCGACUAAGUGAACUUGAUCAAAGAACACUGUAUGAAUUGCACUAUCAGAUGAUAACUUUUGGAAAGGUGGUUUGCACAAAGAAAAAUCCAAAUUGUGUUGCUUGUCCAAUGAGAGCAGAGUGCAGACAUCUUGCCAGUGCAAUUGCAAGUGCAAACCUUUGCCUGCCAGGCCCAUCAAAUAAAGGUGAAGAGAGAUCUAUGGUUCCCAAAAUACCCAUCACAAACUCUGCUUUGGUUGGAAACAAUGUUGUGGUCAUCAAUCCAGUAUCAGUCUCAAUUUUAGAGUCUAACAAUACAUUGGAAUCUGGGUUGAGAACCGAAAGUUGUGAACCCUUAAUAGAAGAGCCUAAAUCACCACAACUUGAGCAGGACAUAGAAGAUUUUGUAACGGGUGAAGAUGAAGAAGAAAUCCCUGGUGAAGCUAUCAUAGAUGAUGAAGAAGAAAUCCCUACUAUCCAACUCAACAAUGAGUCUUUCAAGGAAAAAGUAAAUUACUUUAUGGACAAGUAUGGGCGCAGUUUCCAGACCGGUAGUUCAUCAAGAGGUUUGGUUCCUCUAUCUGUGAGUGUUGAUUCAAUUCCAAUCCGCAAAUUGAAGCAGACUAGUCGAUUGCGAACAGAACAUCAAGUUUAUGAAAUUCCAGAUAAUCAUGAGCUACUAAGAGGGCUAGAGAAACGAGAUUGUGAUGAUCACUCGCCUUACCUUCUUGCUAUAUGGACUGCAGGUGAAACUCCAGAUUCAUGUGAGCCCCCUAAGAAAAGAUGCAAUUCUCAAGGACCAGAACUUUGUAAUGAUCAGACAUGCUUUUCUUGUCAAAGUGUUCGGGAAGAAAGAGCUGAAAUAGUUCGCGGAACGAUUAUGAUACCUUGCAGAACAGCAAUGAGAGGACGAUUUCCACUCAAUGGCACUUAUUUUCAAGUUAAUGAAGUAUUUGCUGACCAUGAAUCAAGUUACAGCCCGAUUAUUGUUUCUAGGAGUUUAAUCUGGCACCUAAAGAGACGGAUUGUCUAUAUCGGUACAUCACCAUCAUCAAUAUUUAGAGGAACUUCUUCAAUCAGAGAUAUUCAAGAAAAUUUCUUGCGAGGUUUUAUUUGUGUGAGAGGAUGGGAUUCAAGAACACGUGAACCGAAACCUCUUGCCAAAAGAUUCCAUUGUCCACCUGGUAAGAUGAAGAGGACUGGAAAAAGGGGCAAUCAUGCCGGAAUUGCUGCUAAUUAAGGUUCCAGCAAGCAUGUUUCAUGGUGGGAAGAUAUUUUUGAUGAUGAUGAAGAAAUCCAAUCAUCCAGCUCAACAAUGAGUUUCUCAAGGAAAUGUAAAAAGAGCACAGUUGAAGUUGAGAGCAGGAACUAAUUAUACCCAAAAUGUAACGGUCAAGGCUUGAGUUGGGAACAAACUCAUAGAUGAGAAGCUUCUCCCUUUCCUAUAGGCAGAAACCUAGAAGCCUAACCAAGUUUCUGUGUUGAAGCAUGGCAACUAAUUGGACCUCAUUUUAAAAUUCAACUUCUCCUUGUCU